AUGCACAACGCGUCAUUUUCGGAGCUGGGGCCAGCCAACACGUCGUGCUUGAGCCCUGCGCUGGGCUGCCCCAACGCAUCGAGCCCGCCGCCGCUGCCGCCACUGCCUCAGCCGCUGGCGGUGGCGGUGCCCGUCGUCUACGCGGUUAUCUGCGCGGUGGGGCUGGCAGGCAACUCGGCAGUGCUGUACGUGCUGCUGCGGGCGCCCCGCAUGAAGACCGUCACCAACCUGUUUAUCCUCAACCUGGCCAUCGCCGACGAGCUCUUCACGCUCGUGCUGCCCAUCAACAUCGCUGACUUCCUGCUGCAGCGGUGGCCCUUUGGGGAGCUCAUGUGCAAGCUCAUCGUGGCCAUCGACCAGUACAACACGUUCUCCAGCCUCUACUUCCUCACGGUCAUGAGCGCCGACCGCUACCUGGUAGUGCUGGCCACCGCCGAGUCACGCCGGGUGGCUGGCCGCACGUAUAGCGCCGCGCGCGCAGUGAGCCUGGCCGUGUGGGGACUCGUGACGCUGGUCGUGAUGCCCUUCGCGGUCUUCGCCCGGCUCGACGACGAGCAGGGCCGGCGCCAGUGCGUGCUGGUCUUCCCGCAGCCAGAGGCCUUCUGGUGGCGGGCGAGCCGCCUCUAUACGCUUGUGCUCGGCUUCGCCAUCCCGGUGUCCACCAUCUGCGUUUUCUACAGCAUCCUGCUGUGCCGACUGCGCGCCAUACGGCUGGACAGCCAAGCCAAGGCUCUGGAUCGCGCUAAGAAGCGGGUGACUCUAUUGGUGGUGGCUAUCCUCGCCGUGUGCCUCCUCUGCUGGACUCCCUACCACCUGAGCACCGUGGUGGCGCUCACUACUGACCUCCCUCAAACGCCUCUUGUCAUCGCGCUCUCCUACUUCAUCACCAGCUUGAGUUACGCCAACAGCUGCCUCAACCCCUUUCUUUAUGCCUUCCUGGACGACAGCUUCCGUAGGAGCCUUCGCCAGCUGCUGGCCUGCCGGGCUGCCGCUUAA